AUGAUGAUAGAUAGCCCUGAAUAUAUAAUCAGAGAUAGAGCUACAAUAGAUGAUUACUUAUAUGAGCCCACAACAAUUUAUCAAGAAUCAGAUGCAGAAAAAAGAUUUGAUAAUGUUGAUAUUGUUUUCAUUGAUGGUGAUGGAAUUAAUCUACCUUGGCAAAGAAAAAACUUUAAAAUAGGCAUCUUAUUUAAGAUGUGCAAGAGAACAAAUAAAAGCUUGUUUGCAUCAGGCAUGGGGAUGUAAAUGCUUGUUUAUUUUUGUGCAACUAAUUUCGCUGAUCUUUUUGUAAUAAAUGGAUCAGAAAAAGGCACAGCUCUUGAUCAAAUUAAAGAUAUCAAUCCGCAUACUAUAAUUGAUAAUUUGUUAGACAAAUGUGUUAAGCAAGUAUUUCUUGACAACCUUACAGGAGAUUAUUAUCAUUACGAGUAGAGAGAGUCUCAAUGGAAGCCUAUAGGGAACGUCGGCUUGCAUUAUUCUAGAGCAAUGACAACUUAAAAUGGCUAGAUUAGUGGUGAGCUUAUCAAAAAGGUUCUAGUAUAUCAUGAAAAAGGGCUUAAUAGCAAUAAACCAAUUCUAUUUUAUUCAAAACUCUCAGAUAUUAGAUGUGAAAUCAAGAAAUAGUUUAUUUCUCACCCCUAUAUGCAAAACAUCCCACAAAAAUUUGUAGUUGAAAAUAGAAACAGCUGGGAUCCACAUCCUGUAAACAUAACUAACUUAGACGAAGUUGAAGGAAACUACGAGAUAAUAGCUGAGAGUGACAGAGGUCCUUAAGUGGCGAUUCACAAAAAUACUUUGGCUGUUUAAUUUUAAAUUGAGAAAAAAUAUCCUGAGUCAGUGUAAAUACUCAAUAAUUUUGUCUCAAUCAAACUUUCAAUGAUUUAAAGUAAUGGAAAAAUAGAUCAAACCUUAGCAAAAGCCAUCUAGAGAAUAUAAAGUUUAAAAAGGUAGCAUCCUAGCACUAAGAUUGAGUCUAUGAGCACAAUAAAUUAACUCAAUAGACUUAGCAGGUACGAUUUUAUUAAUGAUUACUAAGAUGACUUGCUAUAUGGAGGAGAAAGUGGUGCUAAGCAAAAUUUAUUAAACAGAUCUGUAACAAAGCAAACUACUAAUAAUCUAAAUCAGCAAAGAGCUGAUGAACAAUCAAGACCUUUAACUGCAAGAGUUAAGAAUAUAGCAGUAAAAUCUAGUGAUGUUGAUUAUAAACAGCAUGCAAAGCUUAAACUUAAAUUGAUAAGUAACAUUAACACCAAUAGUGGCUCUUCCAAUAAAUAUUUCAAUCAGCAAAAUAUUCAAUAACAUUCUACAAGAUAUAAUUAGAAUGCGGGCCAGCAAUCAUUGCAUACAGAGGAGAAAAAUUUUUCUGAAAGACUAAAAAUUGGUUCGGUAUAAGACUAUGGAUUUGAUCAGGAAAGUUAAAGGAUAUUAAGUUAAAGAGAUCCAGAGCUAGUGAACUCCAUGAUAUAAAGUCGUAAUCUAAUUUUGUAAUCAACUAAGACUGAUCAUUCUACAUUGCUUAAUAAAAAACAGUUGACAAAUGCCAAAUCUUCAAGACCAAUGACUAGUAUAUUAAUGAGAUCACCUGAUAUGAAGAGCUCUUAGAAUGGUGGCUAAAGUCAAAGAGUUACUUUCAGAGAUCAGAUAAAUGAAUAAUAAAAUAAUAAAAAUCCUGAAUCUCGUAGAUAAUCAGUUAUUGAGAUAUCUAGAAAUAAUCGAGGAGUGUCAAAUAAUGGCUUAACUGAAAAUCUUAUAGGGAGAGCCAGUUAAAAUAGCAUUAGGCCAGCUUCAUCAGCAUAUCUGAGAUAUUCGCAGAUUGAAACUUCAGAUUCCGCAGGCAUUGAUGAAAACAUUAAAACGAAAAAUUAAAGCAGGAAAGAAUAGUCCUAAGAAUCUCGAAAAAGUCAUCAUACUCUUGAAGGAAAAAUAAAAAGACAUAAACAUCUUAAGGAUUAUUUGAUUGAGAGUGAAUUCAAAGAAAGGUUAAUCGAAGAUUCUUAGUUUGUCUGGAAGAAGCCAAAUGAAAUUAAACAAAUUUUGCAUCCAACAAUGAGUUUAGAAUUUUUACCAGAUGAAAGAGCUUCAAGAAAUCCUUUUUUAUUAGGUUCUUAAUCUUCAAAUGAUUUAAGGAGAUGUGAUGAAGAGAUCUAUAGGAAAAAAGAAGCUGAAAAUAGAAAACUAUGGAUAUCAAAAUAAAAUUUCAAGGCAUCAUUUGGAAACGCGACAACUAAUUCUGAUAAGAACUUCAUUAAAAACUAUGUCAAUAAAGACCCCUCAUAGCCCCCAGCGCUUUUUAGAUGGAGAGAUGAAAACAAAUAAGAGUGGCUAAAUGGUAACUUUAAGUGUUGA